CUAGAAUGUGGCAUAUCUCCUACCAACCUACCCCACCUCCUCCUCCUUCAAUAAAUCCCAUCUCUGCUUUAGCCUUAAAACCAACUUCUUCAAAACUUUCACAUUUACACAUUUCAGAAAAUCUGUACUUGAAAAAUUAUCAAUGGAUCCUUACAAAUUCCUUAAAAUAUCCCCAAACCCAGAUGGCACAAUUACCAGACUUACCCCUACCAUCUUGGUACCAACAACUGAACAACAACAACAAAAUAUUAGUAAUUCUGAAACUGAUGAAGAUGAUCACACAGUUGUCUCCAAAGAUGUACCUCUUAACACAGCCAAGAACACCUUUGUUCGCAUUUUCCGACCUGCAGCAUUACAACACUACUCAACUAGCAAGCUCCCUCUUAUUAUUUACUUUCACGGUGGCGGUUUCGUGUUUUACUCAGCUGGCACAGUCUUCUUUCAUAAGUCCUGCAACAGCAUGUCUGCUGCUAUUCCUGCUGUCAUUGUGUCUGUGGAUUAUCGGUUGGCGCCGGAGAGUCGUCUCCCCGCCGCGUAUGAUGAUGCUGUUGAAGCUAUCUUGUGGGUCCGGGACCAAGCUUUGAGCUGUGGUAGUGGUGGAGAAGGAGCUGAUCCUUGGUUGCAAGAGUUUGCUGAUUUUGGUCGGUGUUUUCUGAUGGGUAGUAGUUCUGGUGCCAAUAUUACUUACCAUGCAGAUCAUGAUCUAUCACCAAUGAAGAUCAAAGGGCUAAUAAUAAAUCAAGCAUAUUUUGGAGGAGUGGAGAGAACAGAUUCAGAAUUAAGAUUAGUCGAUGACAAAAUCAUUCCAUUACCAGCUAAUGAUGUCAUGUGGUCACUUGCCCUGCCCGUUGGUGCUGACCGUAACCACGGUUUCUGCAAUCCAAUGGCUGAGAACACCCACAGUGACAAGAUCGGACGGCUCCCAAGCUGCCUCGUCAACGGGUACGAAGGGGACCCACUUGUGGACAGGCAGAAGGAAUUUGUUAAAAUGCUAGAGUCACGUGGUGUGCACGUGGUGGCCGUAUUUGACGAGGGAGGGUUCCAUGCUGUGGAGUUGUUUGAGCCUCAACGAGCCCAAGCUUUGGUUGUUAUGAUUAAGGAUUUUAUUGGGUCCGUUUCUCCAAGAUCCACUAUUUAGGGUUCUAAAAUUUAUGUAAUUAAAUGUUCUAUGAAUAAAUGGACAAUUUAAUUGCAAUAAAUAGUACCAUUCAAUAUUAAAUGUAUGGUAUAAUCUAGACUAUUUUUUUUGUUUAUUCCUUAUUUGAAUUUUGUUAAUUGUAAUAAAUAUUCUAUUUAUCGAUAUUAUGGACGUUUCAAGUUUUAUAGUA